GCAGGAAGUGUCUCCCUGGGCAGGGCGGAGGGAAAGCGGGACAAGGAGGCUCCAGCCUUGGCACAAAUCCCAGGCAGCCCUCCCGAGUGCCCUGCACUGACCCUGGCUGCUCCAGCUUCCUGUGGGAGGAGGUGGUUUGUUCCCUGGGGAGCUCUGUCUGCCCGCAGGGGAAGUUUUAGAGGGAGCUGUUUUGGGAUGAGGGCCUGCUCCUGGUGUGGGGGUGCUUUGGGGUGCUGGCAGUGAUUGUGGUGCCUCCCCAGCAGCCAUGGAGUACGUCAGCACACGGGGAGGCACGAGGGCCGUGGACUUUGAGGGAGCCCUUUUCUCUGGCUAUGCACCCGAUGGGGGUCUCUUCAUGCCCCAGCGCAUGCCCUCGCUGGGCAGGGACACCCUGCAAAGGUGGAGCAGCCUCUCCUACCCUGAGCUGGUGAAGGAGCUGUGCUCCCUCUUCAUCCCGGCCACACUGGUCCCACGGAACGCACUCGAUGAGCUGAUCGACAGGGCCUUCAGCAGAUUCAGACACAAGAGUGUUGUGCAUCUAUCCAGGCUGAAAGAUGGGCUGAACAUUUUGGAGCUCUGGCAUGGUGUUACAUAUGCAUUUAAGGACCUGUCCUUGUCGUGCACAGGACAGUUUUUACAGUAUUUCUUGGAGAAAAAGCAGAAGCAUGUCAAUAUUCUGGUGGGGACUUCAGGGGACACGGGGAGCUCGGCCAUCGAGAGUGUGAGAGGGCAGAAGAACGUGGACAUCUUUGUUCUGCUGCCCAAGGGGCUCUGCACCCAGAUACAGGAACUUCAGAUGACCACUGUCAUUGAAGACAACGUCCACGUCUUUGCUGCUCAUGGGAACAGCGAUGAAAUCGAUGAGCCCAUCAAGGAACUGUUUGCUGAUGUCGAUUUUGCUGGAAAAUACAACCUGAUGAGCUUGAAUUCUGUCAAUUGGUCCAGGAUUAUGGUGCAGAUUGCUCACUACUUCUAUGCUUACUUUCAAUGCACCCCAUGCCUGGAUACCAGCCCACUGCCAAUGGUGGAAAUUGUUGUGCCAACAGGAGGAGGAGGAAAUAUCACGGCUGGCUGUAUUGCCCAAAAAAUGGGUCUCCCAAUUCGGCUUGUUACAGUGGUGAACAGCAAUGACAUCAUUCAUAGGACUGUUCAAAAUGGAGAUUUCUCACUUGCAGAGAGUGUGAAGGCUACAUUAGCAUCAGCCAUGGAUAUCCAGGAGCCUUACAAUGUGGAGAGGAUCCUCUGGCUGCUCUCAGGCUCUGACAGCCGCCUGAUAAAAACUCUGAUGGAGCAAUUCAACAUCUCAAAAAGGCUGAAGCUGCCAGAGGAUUUGCACAAAAAGCUCUCUGAGACCCUGGCAUCGUGCUCGGCCUCUGACCAGGACAUUGUGGGAGCCAUGAGGCGCUGCUGGGAGGAGAACCAGUACCUGCUGUGCCCCCACUCUGCCGUGGCUGCUCACUACCACUACUCACAGCCACACAGCAUCCCCCGGUGUUGCUUGGCUCCAGCCUCUGCAGCCAAAUUUCAGGAUGCCCUUCUCCGAGCUGGCCUGGUUCCCCAGAUCCCCCCUGAAAUCACUGCCCUGACAGCAAUGGAGACCAGGUCCAGUCCCCUGGAGCGGGGACAGGACUGGGCACAGGUGCUCCGGGGCCAGAUUGAAGCUGUGACACAGCAGUGGGAGGCACAGGUGGGUCAGUCUGCACCCCAGGGCAGGGGGGGAUCACUGGGCAGGUAGUCACACAGACCUGACGACUGGCCACAGCCGGACAAUGCACCCCAGGACUCAUUCUCCACUCCCAGAAAAGCCCUGUCUUAAGCUGGGAGUGUCCAUGCAAUCAUUUAUUAGCAAGAAUGUACUUCCUUGUUGAAUUACUUGGACUAUAUCAUAACAUUUUCAGUAAAGGGCACUUUAACUGUACCCUCUUUUUCC